AUGAAAACCUUCAACAGGAACAUGAAAUCGUCUUCAACUUCAGCAUUUCUUGCUACAUUGGCUGCAAAGCCAUUAGUCAUGGAUGGUGGAUUAGGAACCCAACUUGAAAAAUUGAUUCCAAAAGAUGACCCUGUCCAACCAAAAUACCACCCUUUGUGGUCAGGUAUUACCCUUUGGAAGUCGCCUCAUUUAGUUGAAAAGGUACAUCAGCUUUAUGUUGAUGCUGGCCUGGACCUUAUUAUCACGGGAACUUAUCAGACCAGUUAUGGUAGUUUGAAGAAGUUUACAUCUACUUCUGAUUCUGAAAUCCAGGCUCUUUGGCAAAGAAGUGUCAACAUCGCAAGAAAAGCAGCUAAUUCUACCAAGGACCGUCAAGUAUUUAUCGCUGGUAGUGUUGGACCUUAUGGUGCCUACUUGGUCAAUGGCGCUGAGUACACAGGGGAAUAUGGUGACAUUACCAAUGCUCAAUUGACUAAAUACCAUUACCCAUUGGUGAACUUUUUCUAUACCCAUAAUGAAGUUGAAGUGAUUGCCUUGGAAACCAUUCCAAACUUUAAAGAAAUCAAGGUAUUGCUCAACUUGUUGAAGAAUUUACAAGCAACCACCAAUUCCAAAAAGCCAGUUUAUUUAUCUAUGAAUUUCAAAACCAGUGAGACCUUAUGUGAUGGUACCCCAAUCCCAUCAGUUAUGAGGUACAUUAACCAAUUUCUUGACAGUCAUCCUCAUCUCCAAAAUCAGUUAUUUGCCAUAGGUGUUAAUUGUAUGGACUACAAAUUUGUUGCCGAUUUGGUGAAGAACUUGGACAAGGAAAACCGUCACAACUUGGCUAUUGUUAUCUACCCUAACUUGGGUUUUGACUACUUUUCUAGUAGAGAAGAUCUCACCUACGAAUCUCACAAAGAUCAAGACAACUGGGCAAUUGCCGUUAAGAAAUGGAUGUCUAUGUCUCCCAACGUUCGUAUCAUUGGAGGUUGUUGUUCCACGGGUCCAGAGGAAAUCAACACUGUGAGACGUAUAUUUGACCAAUUGUAG